AUGCUCCGGCGGUAUCUGCGUCCCCGGCGACGGCUUCCCCUAUGGUUCAUCCUGACUGUCGCCGCCCCCUUCAUCUUCGAGGUCCUCGUCCAUCUUUGGAGCUACGACGUCCCGGUCCCGCCCCGCGAGCUCGACCCGCCCUUUUCCACAACAUGUCAGGAGCCAGACACCUCGGCCAAGCGCGAGAAUGCCGUCCUCGUCAUGCUCACCCGCAACUGGGAGCUCGAGCAGGCCAACCGUACCAUUGCUUCCAUCGAGAAGAAGUUCAACCAAUGGUACCACUACCCAAUUCUUUUCAUGAACGACGAGGAGUGGGAUCCAGAAUUCAUCCGCGUCCUCAACGAGACAUCAAGCGGCAAAGCCACAUUCGAGGUCAUCCCCCCAGAAGUGUGGUCUUUUCCUCGGUGGAUGGACGCCAAUGCUGCUCGCAAGAGCAUCAAGGCCCAGGGGGCGAAGAACAUCCCGCAUGCCGGAGACGAGGGGUACCACCACAUGUGUCGAUUCUACUCUGGAGCAUUCUACAACUUCCCCCCCCUGAAACAAUACAAAUGGUAUUGGCGGCUCGAGCCAGACGUCGAGUUCAUGUGCGCGAUAACAUACGACCCCUUUGUCGAGAUGGCGCGGAACGACAAAGUCUACGGCUUCACGAUAUCGCUGUGGGAGGAGUCAGAGACAUGCCCUCAGCUCUUUCGCGAUACCUCGGACUGGAAGCAAUACAAUAGUAUACCCACGAACAACCUAUGGAAGGCCAUGGUGCAGGCCUCCUGGAUGCCCUGGCCUCUGCGUCGCUGGCUGAGCCUGCUUGGCCAUCGCGACCGAAACGGGGACAGCUGGAGCUUGUGCCACUACUGGAGCAACUUCGAAAUAGCCAACAUGGACUUCUUCCGCACCCCCACAUAUCAGAGUUACUUCCAGUUUCUUGAACGCAGAGGUGGAUUCUACUUUGAGAGGUGGGGCGAUGCUGCCGUGCAUUCACUGUACGUCGCAAUGGCCGCAGACCCUCGGCAGGUUCACCACUUUGAAGAUUUCGGGUACAGGCACGAUCAGUUGUACCAGUGCCCUUCAAACUCGAUCAACGGGCAACUGCCCGAAUCUUCUAUCCUCAACACCGGCCUGGGCAGAGAUCUGGGCGUGCCAGGAACAUCAACGGGCAUCGGAUGUCGCUGCGAGUGUGACGGGCGGAGGGAAACACGAAACCAUCCGGGAUAUUGCCUAAACAAGCUGAAGCAGCCCAACAGCCGCAAACGACCUUGGCUGACGUGGUUGCUCUGA